AUGGAGUACAUUUCUUUUCUGGUUGAGACUGGAGUAACUUCUGUGGCGGUGCAAGCAUUCACCGGAACCUAUGGAAUAAAUUAUGGAAGAAUUGCAGAUAACAUCCCUUCAUCUGAUAAAGUUGUUUCUCUGAUCAGGGCAGCAAAGAUGAAGAAUAUGAAAAUAUAUGAUGCUGAUCAUGAUGCCAUCAAGGCUUUCAGAGGGACAGGGCUUGAAUUAGUGGUGGUGGCACUUCUAAAUGGAUACCUGCAAGCCAUGAGUGCCAAUGAUGAUCAAGCAAUGAAUUGGAUUAAAGAAAAUGUGCAGGCAUUCCUUCCUGAUACACUCAUCCGUGGGAUUUGUGCGGGCAAUGAAGUAUUAGGUAUGGCUGAAUUUGAAUUGUGGGGAGCUCUUGUGGGUGCAGUUAAAAACAUCUACAAGGCAGUAAAGAAGUUACAACUAGCUGAUUUAGUUCAGAUUACCACUCCACAUGCACAGGCUGUUUUUGUUCGUUCCUGCACAUUUAAAAAGACUGUUAAGCGGAAAUACACGAAGCCAUUUUUGGAGCUCUUUGCGGAAAUCGGGUCUCAAUUCUGUUUAAAUGCUGCCCCUUUCCUUGUCUACAUGGCUGAUCCAGCAAACAUUGAUAUAAAUUAUGCUCGUUUCGAAUCCAAAUACUAA